AUGGCACCCAUCGCACUUGAGCAGCCCAAUGUUGCUGAGAACUUCAACGACCACAGAGAUGGUCUUGCACUAGAGGCAACUUCUGACAACAUCGACGAAGUCAACGUCCUCAAGGCCGCUCUAAAAGUCAAGAACGGCACCGCCACCCAAGAAGAAAAGGACAUUUACGAAAAAUCACAAUUCGAUGCCGACAAGGACAAGGAGCAAUUCCGCAACUACGAGGAUGCCUGCGAUCGCGUCAAGAACUUUUACAAGGAGCAACAUGAGAAGCAGACAGUCGCUUACAACCUGCGUGCUCGCAACCGCUUCCACAGCAAGACUCGUGCCGAGAUGACCAUCUGGCAAGCUAUGGAGAGAUUGAACACAUUGAUUGAUGAAUCUGACCCUGACACAUCGCUGUCUCAAAUCGAGCACUUGCUUCAAUCUGCCGAGGCCAUCCGUCGUGAUGGCAAGCCUCGCUGGUUCCAAUUGACCGGUCUCAUCCACGACUUGGGCAAGCUUCUGUUCUUCUUCGAUGCAGAGGGCCAAUGGGAUGUUGUUGGCGAUACUUUUGUUGUCGGCUGCAAGUUCGACGAUCGCAUCAUCUACCCAGGCACCUUCGAGAACAACCCCGACAGCAAAGACCCCAUCUACAGCACCGAGCACGGCAUCUACACUCCUGGCUGUGGACUUGACAAUGUCAUGAUCAGCUGGGGUCACGACGAGUACCUAUACCACGUCGUCAAGGACCAAAGCACUCUUCCCGAUGAAGCACUCGCCAUGAUCCGCUACCACAGCUUCUACCCUUGGCACAAGGAGGGUGCUUACCGCUGGAUGAUGAACGAAAAGGACGAGAAGAUGUUGGCUGCCGUCAAAGCAUUCAACCCUUACGAUCUCUACUCCAAGUCUGAUGAUGUUCCCAAGGUCGAGGAUCUCAAGGAGUACUACAUGGAGCUCAUCGAUGAAUACUUCCCUCAGAAGGUCAUCAGAUGGUAG